AUGUCGACAACAAUGUCCAACGCCAUCCCAGUGGGCACCAACACCGCCGAUGUGGCUGGCAAAAUGGCCGACAUAGCGUCCUCGCAUCCGCUUUCAAGCCGCUAUAGAGGAGCAACAGUAGAAGACCUAGAUCCCCCUUCCGCACUCUCUUGCCACCCCACCGAUCCCAUAUCCCACGCUCUCCUCACCGCUUUUGAACGAGACUACACACACCUCACCGUCAUCUCGCCCUCCACCCGCGCCCUGCUAGGCUACGUCUCAAUCCCGUACCUACGCUCGCUGCUGUCCUCAGGGGCCGUCCAAGAAACUGAUGAGGUGAGCAAGGCGAUGGUUAAGUUCCGGAGGAAGGGCAGGGUGUAUAAGGUUAUUACGAUGGAGACACCGCUGGAGGAGCUGGAAAUGUUCUUCAAUGGCGAGGGCGAUGGUGGAGAUAGGGGGAGGCAGGAGUUUGCAGUGGUGACGGAUGAGAGGAGGAGAUUUGUGCUGGGCGUUGCGACGAGGACGGAUUUAGAGGAGUUUGCGAGGAGGAGACCGGCGUAA